GUUGCUGCGUUUAGCGUUCAUGUUCAAUUAUCAGUAUUCAGUACCGGGAUGAUAGCCGGUGAGGCGGCGGCGUUAUGUGUUUUUAGUGACUUACGAUACGCGCGCCGCCUCUGCGUGAAUUUCUGUAAUUUUGUAAAUAAUUUUAUACAUUUACAACAGUUGUGCUAUGUUAUAUCUGGUGGACUUAAUUUAUGUUUAGGAGUUAAAAAAAUAUUUAUAGGAGUGCUUCGUUAUUAUACAAUUUUUAUACAAACGACAAUUACAUGAGUGAAUUUGUUAAUAAUUCAUAUUAAUAUUUAAAAUAAUUCUUGGAUUGUUAAAAAAAACAAUACAAGGUGAAAAAAUAUCAAACGCUAUAAAGUGCUAGUAUGUUGUGCCGUGGUUAAUUAACGAAUUCAAUCGGUUAAUGUUGUAAUUUUCCUAAAUAGACUGUGAAAGUACGAAUUUUGAUGAUUUCAAAAUCGGCAAUGGCGGAACGGGAACGACCCGCAAAAACCCCCAUCAGGGUGGGAUUUUAUGACAUAGAGAGAACUAUUGGCAAGGGUAAUUUUGCCGUCGUUAAAUUAGCACGACAUCGAAUAACGAAGACUGAGGUAGCAAUUAAGAUAAUAGAUAAAUCACAACUAGAUGCCAGCAAUCUUCAAAAAGUCUACAGAGAAGUGGAUAUUAUGAAACGGCUGGACCAUCCUCAUAUUAUUAAGCUGUAUCAGGUCAUGGAAACGAAGAACAUGAUAUACAUAGUCUCAGAGUACGCGAGCAAGGGAGAAAUCUUCGAUUACAUCGCGAGGUAUGGCCGAAUGGCAGAGCAAGCGGCAAGAAGAAAGUUUUGGCAAAUUCUGUCGGCGGUGGAAUAUUGUCACGAGAGGCGGAUUGUACAUAGAGACCUCAAAGCGGAGAAUUUGCUGUUGGAUGCAAACAUGAACAUAAAGAUAGCAGAUUUUGGGUUCAGUAACUACUAUGCCCAGGGAGAACUACUUGCUACCUGGUGCGGUUCCCCGCCCUAUGCCGCCCCAGAAGUCUUUGAAGGCAAGCGGUAUACGGGACCGGAAAUAGAUAUAUGGAGCCUCGGUGUAGUGCUAUACGUGUUAGUUUGCGGGGCACUUCCUUUCGACGGCUCUACUCUACAAUCGUUGAGAGAUAGGGUGCUCUCGGGACGAUUUAGGAUACCCUACUUCAUGAGUGAAGAAUGCGAGUCACUCAUCCGUAAGAUGCUAGUCCUGGAACCAAUGAAGCGAUACACUAUUGAGCAGAUAAAGAAACAUAGAUGGAUGUCGACAGAGCCCUACGUGGUUCCAACCAUAUCUGGAGAUCCAAUGAGGAGUCCGGCACAUGUGGCUCAUAGCAAUGAACCCAACGAGCAAGUGCUACGGCUUAUGCAAAGCUUGGGUAUCGAUCCUGUUAAAACUAAGGAGAGCCUUCGGUCGAACAGUUACGACCACCACGCGGCCAUCUACCUGCUGCUCCUGGAGCGGCUGAGAGCCAGGGCCAGCCUCAGUGAGCGAAGACCCACACGCAGACCCUCCUCAGUCGCGGACCAGGCGCUGGCGAGGGACCUUCAGGAUCGGCGGGAGCAUCAUAAUAGAUUACUACACAGCGGCGAACAGAGGGACUUCAACAGACCAAACAUGCCUGCAACUUCUGACUCUACUUCAGAAACUCAGCGUCUUUUAUCCCUUGCCGGGGUCAACAUGACCGAGCAAAGACUGCUUCAGAGAAAUUCUGACCCCUCCGACACACACAGAAGUUUCCUAGUCAACGACCGAUCGCACGAAUCUGAUUCCACAAGACUUCUCUCUAUGAGAAACGUCGACGUGGCACAAUCGAACCAACGGCUAGGAACCAAGCUCAACGAUACUCCCACGCAUAAACUUCUCACUUCAACGUAUGAGCAACAACAAAACAUUCUAAAACAGUCCAGUGAAGAUUGCCGACGGCUUUUGCAACAGUCGACGACAGUUGGCCCUGAUCCCAAGACAGCAGACGGAAGGUUAUUAACAUCGUCCAGCUUCGAUUCCAAAUGUGCUAUUGAUUGCGGAAGAACGUCUGCAGCUGAUAAUAGUGCAAUUGCAAAUUUUCUCCAAAACUCCGCUUCGGCAACUAAUUUCAAUUUAGAUUCCAUGAAGAUGCCUAAUUCCACUACCUUCACCAUGUGCUCCGAAGCUGCGAAACUUAUGAACACAUUGCAGCAGUCCCCCUUACCCCUCAAGGGCACUGUAAAUUUAAGCACUAGCCCGAUUCCGUCUCAGUUUACUGAUACUAAACUGAGUAGUGUGUUAGAACAGCCGAAACCCCUUGAAUCGAGUAGGCUCGUCGCCGCCCAAGAUAUGAAUAGGUUACAAACGAGCACACCGCCAUUUAAAGACUACAUAAAUCAUAUUCCCUCUUACUCGUACCUACAAAAUACCUUGCCACAAAUGCCUGCCGAAAGUAACUUGUCAGCUGCCAGUGAACUUUACCAGAAUACUCUAUACAGACCUGAUAGUAAAUUCUCUUUAAAUAGAUAUACAACCGGACAAACGUAUACCCAGGCCCUGCCCGGAACAUCAACUGAUGCGACAAAAUUUCAGCAGCAAUAUUCCUCCUCCACAGACGAAGGUUGCGAAACAGAUAUGGAGGAUGUGAACGCUUCAAGCGGAGUCCAAAACAGAUUAAGUUCCUACGCUAGUUCAAGCUCCAGCAGCGGUGUAGUAACUUUUUUUAACAAUAAGAGUCUAAGUCAAAAUUUGAGUUGUGAUUCAUCGCAGAGCAACUUCUCUGCGUUCGAAAGUAUCGACUAUCAACUAUCAGAUUGCUCGAGUGAACUUGCUAGCAGUUUACCAAGUUGUACGUCAAACGAGGACAGACUGUCGUACGAGAACAGCUCUCUCGUAAAUACGAGUCCAAUGCAUCCAUGUGUUUAUAUAUCGUCGUACAAUAAUAAAACGGCCGGCACCGGAUUUAUAGCGCGACAUAAUCCUCUUAACUACCAAUCCACUAAUAAAAGUUGUCCUCGAGCAAUUACUCGGAGUCCGGUCGAUUUUAGAGAAGGUCGACGAGCGAGUGAUGGGUUAGUGGCACAACAAGCCGCACAACCCGACGAAGCCCAAAAAAAUAGUUUGGCAUUCAACAGUCAAAAAUUAAAUGAGAAUUGCAAAGCGAAAGGUGUUCUAGAAUUGCAUUUGGUACAAAAAGAGGCUCAGAAACUGAAAACUCAGUACCAAUCGACGAUACCAGCCGAGGAAAUGACGCAGCGGCAAAUUCAGCAUAAUCAAUUCGCCGCUUCGUUCACUACAUACUUAAAUACCAAAAAUCCAACACCAAAGCGAAUUAGUCUACCUGAAUCCUUCAAUUACUCGAGCACGUCACCCCCGAUGCCGGCAAGUCCGAAAAUGGUUGCUCAAUUGCAAGAGAAUUCUGAGUUGUCACACGGCGUGUCUGUUUCUCAAGUCAGCAAGCCGCCUUUGCAACAACAGCUCAUGCAACACAGACUUUUCCAGCAAAAACGUCAGUUGCUUCAAAAGCAAAUGACUCCACCAAAUGUUCCCGUUCACGAAAUGACCGCUCUACAUAAUAUACAAGUCGGUUUAAGCAGGCGGCAGAUGCUUCGCCAACAAAGCUAUAAAAUUGCCCAACAGCAACCGGUCUUACCACCCUUACCUUUGACUGAAUCUGAGAGCAGAGAUUUACUAGCAUUUCAGGCAAUAGUGGAAGACCCUAACAGAGUGAAGCACAAGGUUGAGGACGAAGAAGAAGCAAAAUUUUCGUACCAAGGUUCAAUGGAAAUAAAUAUAAUGAAGGAUAGAUUGGGUAACGAGAAUUGGUCCAAUUUGCCAUCUAGUCUUCAAACCGCCUGUCAGAUUUCCGAGCUGUCGAGGCGUGAGGUGAAAGACUCUCAAGAAGGAGAAAGUUCCUUGGACGCUCCACUGUGGCAAGGACAAUGGAAUGCCUCACUGUUUCCACCACAGACUUGCUUUCAGCCCAGCUGGCAAGGCCAUAGUCUACCGCCCAACACCAAUAUGUUACCGCUUAGUGAAAGUCCGAUUCUGGAACUUACUGAACAAAUGGAGUCAAUAUAAAGUAUAAUUUUUGUAGACUUAACUCUGCAGUUUUCUAUUAGCAAUCGCUGUUUAGGAGUGGACAAAGACAAUAUGCUAAGACUAGCUAUAUUAUCGCUUUUCUGUUGUCUAUUUAUACAAGUUCAUUGGCAAAUAAGCUCGAGCGAGUAAGGUUCGCACCAUACAAAAGUUACAUACCUAGUCUAAGGCUAAUAUUCAGACGGGCCUUAGUGUAUUUUCAAAACAAGACCUAUCCAUUUUUUUCUGAAUUGUUACUGUUAGCGUUAGGGAGUGUUCAAGUAUUACGUAACGUAU